AUGGCCCAGGAACGCUCCGGAAUUGUGCUCGGCACCAACAGUGGCCACAAAACCACUGCCCUCAACACCCCCAAGACCAAGGUCAGCCGUACCAAGGGCCAGUCUUCCCGCCGCACUCAGUUCGUCCGCGACAUCACCCGCGAGGUCGUCGGUCUCGCUCCCUAUGAGCGCCGCAUCGUUGAGCUGUUGAGGAACGCCCAGGACAAGCGUGCCCGCAAGCUCGCUAAGAAGCGCCUCGGUACCUUCGGCCGCGGCAAGGCUAAGGUUGAGGACAUGCAGCGCGUCAUCGCUGAGUCCCGCCGUGUCCAGAACUAA